AUGGCCCCAUUCUACCCAUACAACCUCCUCAACACUACUUCCCCUUGCCCCACCCACACCCAGAAUAUCCGCGCCUCUACCCCCCUUCCUAUUGAGGCCAUCAAUUCCCAAAACAGCUCCGGCACCUCCCUCUCCACCACCGCCAUCGCCGGCAUCAUCAUCGGCGUGCUGAUUUUAUUUGGCAGCCUGACUUGGUUCGUCUGGCACGCGCUGAGCGUGCUGCCUCGGCGCAAGAAGGCGGCGCUUGGGGAGCGUAGGGUGAAGGCGGGGAGACAUACGGAUCGGGGGACGGAUGCAAAAACGCCUUUUGUCGAAAAUGAUACUGAAUAA